AUGCAGAUACCGUCCUUCGCCUUCAACAGCCCCAAUAACAAAUUUAGGAGGGAAGUCCCGGCGCCUCGCCCGCCGCCCAUCGUCACUAUGAACGGGAAUAAGAUGCCGGUCAAGACCGAGUCGAUGGCAACGCCGCAGGGGGUAUGGACGACUUCGACGACUCAGAGCAUGAGGCCGCGGCCUGCCACCAUCCACGAGGGAUUUUCCUACUGCAUAGGCGAGGGCUUCGAAGGCAUACCAGCGUGGGAUUCAUCAUCCAUCCAGCAGAUACAGCAACAGACACCGAGCGACACCAUGUCGAGACCCAUAUCUGUCCACCAAAACUUCUACCCGCCCACGUCCAUGGAGAGCAGUGAGUGCUUUGGACGGCCUGGCAAAGUCGGGGGGCUAACAGUCCUGUCAGGCACAUGGGCGCAGAAACCAUGCGACGAUGGUCUCGAGAUCCCCGGGUUGGAAGGCGACAUGGGUGCCAUAGGGCAGGCAUACACCACCGACGAGGCCAUCCCGAUUCUUGACCUUAGGUACCCGGGUCACCAUCUAGACGGCGACUCGAUGGCCUUCGACAAUGGGCUGAACCCACGCAGGAUGUCGGGCUCGUCCUUCACCGUGUCCACGUCAGGUGGCCUCUCGGACAUGCCGUCGUAUGAGGACUUUUCAGCAGCGCUGUCAGAUGCGCCGUCGUUCACCUCGGACUAUCCACCGCCGUCGAACCGGAACUCGCUCAUGUCCUCCACUCAGCUGUCGCCUGUUGCGUCCCCACGAAUGACACCCCAGGGCCGGUCUGAACUAGUACGGACUCAGAGCAGAGGGAGAGCCUCGCCGUCUCCAAGGCCCGGCAUGCGUGCUGCGCCCUACUCGGUCGAUACUGGCAGGAACAAGAGAUGGUCGACGGGCUCCUUCGGCACGACCCCAAACCGGCGGCAGUCUCCCUUUGUCUACCACCCGCACGACGCCUUCAACCCACACGCUCGCAUGUCUUCUCGCCAUUCGUCGCCGACGAUCGCGCAUGCCCAGCUCCCAUUGAACUAUGGAAAUCUACAGGCUGCGCAGCAGCACCCUUACCUGAUGAGCAACGCGCCGGCCUUUCAUCGCAACAGCAUGCUGCUGCCAUCCCAAUUGCCAUCGCAUGCCUUCCAUCCGGAUGCGCACCAGUUUGAGACGCCACCGCCGCUGCUUUCUCACGGGUUGUUCCGCAUGCUGCAAAGCAAUGCCGACCCUCACUCCCUGCAUAGUCACUACACAGAUCUCUCAGAUCCGCCAGACCUCUACGCCUCGCUACACGAGGAGCAGAUCCCCCCUCCCCCUGAAGACAUGAACCCGACCGACCAAGAUCUCGUCCCUCACGAGCAGGAGUUGAGGUUUGAGGGCGACUUGUACACGCCCAGGUGGGUACGAGGCCACGGUAACAAACGGGAAGGUUGGUGCGGUAUCUGCAAACCCGGGCGGUGGCUAGUGUUGAAGAACUCGGCUUUCUGGUACGACAAGAGCUUCACACACGGCAUCAGUGCGGCAACGGGUAGUCCCUUCCAAGAGCCUCAAGAAACAAGGCGCAUGGAUGGCAAUCCGGAUGUUUGGGAAGGACUCUGCGGGAGCUGUAACGAGUGGAUUGCGCUGGUGAGCAGCAAAAAGAAGGGGACAACCUGGUUCAGACACGCAUACAAGUGCCACACACAUCCGAAAAUCAAGGAUGCGCCAAAGCGUCGGAGGGAAAGCAGCCACACACGCUCAUUAGCGGCGUCGACAAUGGCAAGGCCAAGAACGGAGCCGUUGACGCCGCAGAUGACUCCAGCUGCCUCCGUGGUGAACACGCCAACACCGGCGCAGUCUCAGAUGCACGCUGCGCAAAGUGCGCAGGAGCAACAGCAGUCGCCGGAGCUACAGGCACAGCAGCAGCAGCAACAGCAGCAGGCCCAGCAGCAACAGCAGCAACAGCAGCAGCAUCAACAGAUGCAACAGCAUCACCACCAGCUGUUACAGCAGCAGCAGCAGCAACAUCAACAGCAGCAGCAACAACAACAGGAGCAGCAGCAGCAGCAAUUACAGCAUCCUAUGCCUCGCCACCUCGAGCAGCACCAGCACCUGCAUCCUCAAAUACACGUGCAAGUGACGGCACCUCCUCAACAACCUCAGCCGAGGACGGUAAUGAGCCCGCUGGAAGCCUUUCCCAACAUGAUCUGA